AUGUCUGAAUCAUCACCAAAACCCCCUUCUUCCGCGGGGUCGCCUGAGAAACACCCAGUGGGAGCUGAAUCGACACCACAUAUAUCACAACAGCCCUGGACACUUUCAAACUGGUACCAGCAUAUUUACUGGCCAUACUUUACGUUUCUAGUCAUCGUUCCAUUAUUUGGAAUCUGGCAGGCCUUUGAAACCCCUCUUGUCAGAAACACCCUGCGAUUCUCUGUGGUUUAUUAUUUAAUCACCGGGCUAUGUAUCACUGCAGGAUACCAUCGCCUCUGGGCCCACCGGUCCUACUCCGCCUCAUAUCCUCUAAAGUGCUUCCUCGCGCUUUUCGGCACGGGCUCCCUAACCGGCUCGAUCAUCUUCUGGGCCCGCGACCACCGAGCACACCACCGCUUCACCGACACAGCCAACGACCCCUACAACGUCCGAGGCGGUUUCUUCUACGCACACAUCCUCUGGCUGAUCCUCAAGCAGCCAAGGCGCCACAACCCGGUCGACAUCUCCGACCUCCGCGCCGACCCGCUCGUCAAAUACCAGCAUAGAUACUACUUCCCCAUUGCCUUCUUCAUGACAUGGGGAUUUCCCACGCUUGUUGCAGGGCUAGGUUGGAACGAUUGGUAUGGAGGGUUCAUAUACGGCGGGAUCAUCCGUACAUUCCUAGUCCAGCAGGCGACGUUCUGUGUGAAUUCCAUGGCGCAUUAUUUCGGGGACCAGACGUACGACGAUAUCCGCUCGGCGCGCGACCAUAUCUUGACGUCUAUCCUCGCGCUCGGCGAGGGAUACCAUAACUUCCACCACCAGUUCCCGACGGACUACCGCAACGGAAUCGAGGUGUAUCAUCUCGACAUCACCAAGUGGCUGAUUGCGCUAUGCAGCCACCUCCGGCUGGCCGGUGACCUGAAACGCUUUCGGUACAGCGAGAUACAAAAGUGCCGGCUGCAACAAGCGACUAAGCGCCUUGACGAGCAGAGACGGGAUUUUGACUGGGGGCCGCGUCUGGAGGAUCUUCCCCUGAUGAGCUGGACGGAGUAUGAAGAGAAGGUCCAGGACGGGAAAUCCAAGUUGCUCGUCAUUGAUGGGGUUGUGCAUGACGUGGCGGGGUUUGUUGGCGAGCACCCGGGAGGCGAGAAGUUGAUAUUGGCGCAGGUGGGGAAGGAUGGGUCGGCGGUUUUCAAUGGCGGGGUGUAUAAUCAUUCCAACGCAGCGAGGAACUACCUUGCGACCCUUCGUCUCGCGGUUCUGGUGGGGGGUGGCGAAGUAGAGGCCUGGAGGUGA